CUCGCUCAACACACAUCACCACAACCACGCACCGCGCCUCCCACAAAUCCAACCCCAAUAACCUCUCACCACUCCAGAUACCCACCACCAAAAUGAUCGACCAACGCAUUUUCGAGGAUCUCCAGGCCAAGAUCGACGAGGAGACCACCGUCCGCGACGAGCUUCACGAAAUUGUCCAGACUCUUGCGAGAAAAGGACGAUCCACCCAGGCUAUUCUCUCAAGGGCACACUCUACCCCUGCUGAUCAGCUCAAGCCCGUGCUUGAUGAUGCUGCCGUCGAGAUCCUCGCCCAGAAACAAGAGGUUCUUCGGUUGAAGGCUGUCGCGGAUCAACAUCCGUUCUACAAGUACAAUGGUCUGUGGACCCGCGAGUUGCAGAACCUGGUCACCUCAAUCGAGCUGUGUGCCUGGCUCGGCGGACUACAGGAGCAUAAGGGCCUGAGCUCAGCUUCAUUCCUCACUAUUGAAGAAGUUGGCAAGUUCCUGGAAAUCCCUGUUAACCUGAAGGAACAAGAUGCGUUCCACCUCACCAUUGAGGAGUAUCUACUGGCAUUGAUCUCCGUGGUCGAGGAGCUGUCGCGCCUGGCCGUGAACUCGGUCACACUCGGUGACUAUGAGCGCCCUCUCCAAAUUGGUAAUUUCAUCAAGGAUCUCUUCGCUGGUUUCCAGCUGCUCAACCUGAAGAACGACAUUCUGCGGAAGCGAAGCGAUGGCAUCAAGUACAGUGUCAAGAAGGUCGAGGACGUAGUCUACGAUCUGUCGCUGCGGGGUCUGGUCCCCAAGGGCAGUGCUGCCGCAUGAAUGGCUAGUUCAAAGAUUUCGAGAGGGGAAAAAAAAGGGUCAUUGAGAUCCGGGAUAUUUAACGAAUGCCAAAAAAAAAAUAUUUAACGCGUAUUAUGUAUUAUCCAAUUUCCAUCGUUAAGCACAUGGACAUGCAUAAUUCGUACAUGGGUAACAAUCGCCGGAGUAUAGGUACAAAGACAAAGGCGAGUAAGCGAGAAAAACAAAACAGACAAGACAACGUGAAGACUCAAGCUCACGAGAGCUUAGCCUGCUCAGUACCCGCUGCAGCCUUAAGAGCAGAAGCCGAAAUACCAGCCUCCUUAGCCUUCUGAAUCGCCUGGACGAUAGGCUCCUUCAGACUCUCGGGCUUGGUAAGCGAGGACCAACGGCCAACAACCUUACCGUCCGCCCCGAUCAAGAACUUCUCAAAGUUCCACUUGACGCGCUUGAGACCGAGCGUACCGGGCAUAGCCUCCUUCAUGUACGUGAAGACCGGCGCGGCCUGGUCACCGUUAACGUCCAGCUUGCCGAGCACGGGGAAGGUCACGCCAUAGUUGAGCUGGCAGAAGGACUGGAUCUCAUCGUUGGAGCCCGGAUCUUGCGACUUGAACUGGUUGCAGGGGAAGCCGAGAAAUUCAACGUCUUCGGGGUACUCCGCCUUGAGCUCCUUGUAGAGCUUCUCGAGACCCUCGAAUUGAGGGGUGAAGCCGCACUUGGAGGCGGUGUUGACGGCGAGAACGACCUUGCCGUUCAGCGAGGAGAGGGGGAAGGGCUGGCCCUUUUCUGUUUGAAUGUGAAGAAGUGCGUUAGUUGGUGGGUUUUCUCAAGAGCUUGCCACGGGCCGAAGCCUGGGCUACAGGAACAAACUACGGAGGUGCGGGCGCGGGGAGGGGAUGCGCGGGGGUGUACGCACUGUCGGCGGGCUCGAAAUCGAAGAAGGUGGUCGCGGAGGACAUGGUUCUGGAUUGAUAGAAGCGUGGAUAGGAGGCGAGAGGUUGAGGCGUGAGAGUGCCUUUGGAGGUUAAAUGGUGAUAAUGACGCGAUGACGUAGAGAAGUGACCGUUGCGGGGAGAGUUGCAAGACGGAAGGAUUAGAAGGCGGAAGAAGAGAGAAAAUUGGCGGUAUAAAGGCAAAGGGCGCAUGAUGGCCGGUUUUGUACAGAGCAAGCCGAGGUCCCCUCACAGAAGACUAGGGAACUUGCCAGUCUCCUAGCUGGAAGCCCCUACAUUACCAAUGAUCGGAGGUCCAGGCACGGAAUGCUCCCAGACCCGACGGUUGCAGUUUGACGCCGAGCCGAUCGAUUGAAAAUCAGCGUGUUGAUUGGACGAGCCGUUUAUGGUUCACCAUCUCGUUCUCGCUCUUUUUUGACGUACGAUUCCACUAGGGCUGUCCACUUUUCUACACGGCGGGUUUGACCAGGAGGAUUAUCACGCUUAGCUAGGCUAAUGACUAGUGUGCAGUACAUAAUUUCCAUGGAAGCGGAUAACUAUUUGGAAUACUCGGAACAGUUUGGAAUAAAGAACAUUAGAGAACAUGGACAAGCGGAUUUGGUUGGUGGACGUGGUUUUGCUUAGAAGAGCUUGACGGUCUCGACUCCACGCCCACUCGGGAGGCUUUUUCACAAGCCCAGCGAUUCAAUGCUGUGCACAAUUUUGCAUGACGUGGGACCACGCGAUUUUGGGCUAGAUUUCCCUUUCGAGUAAAAGAAGCUCGACAGAAUCGUAUGGUUUAUGGCGGCUUGAUUUCCCAUCAUCCCCUCCAUUAUUAACCCAAAGGUCCAAUGAGCAUAAUCCUCUGUCAACUGCCGGGGUCCGACGGCCCACAUAGUAGUCGUAUGCAUCGCCCUCGACGGGGAUUUCACCAAAAUGAGACAACAUUUGAGAAUGGUUAUCCCCUUGUAGUCCCUACAGACCCUAUCGGGCUGUCCGAAUAUUGUUGUGGCGUAUCGCAUGGCCCAAGUCGUAGAUUUUCGUACCGUACCAAUGCCAAACCGAAGUAGGCACAGCCACCACCGGAAUGCCGAUGAGAAACAAUUCUUCGAGGGUCCAUGCAUCAUUUACCCGUCGUAAGGAAUCUUCAGCGACAGAAGAUGAUGAGGGGUUACCCCCCAUCAAUUCAUCCCUCAAUCUCCGCCUUGAGAACGUCCACAUCAAGCUCUGCCAUCACGCCUAGGACCACGCCCAGGCUUUCCAUGAAUCCGUUCACCGCGACUCGAAGCAUACGGUUCGUGGUCGCACGAUAGGUAGUCUGCAGAACGGUCUUCGACUCGUCCGGAUCCUGCUUCUGCUUCUUCUCUUGCGGCUCGCUGGGGGUUUCGGAGGCGGGGGCCGUCAGGGUAAAGGUGCGUCGCACAUGUGGUGAGAGCUCGGAGUCGACUUCGAGGGUCUGGAGGGCAGAGGAUGCCAGACGAUGCGUUGGGAGUGGGAGGGAUAUGGUUCUGUUCACAGUGUCAGUGUCGCAUUCCUGCUGGUAAUGUGCGCUAGAUAUUUUUUGGCAUGUCUCCCAAAAGGCGGGGUGGGAUCGUACAGUGAGUAUGGAAAUUCGGUGUCGGGGAAUUGUUGGGUGGCCAUGGUGUGUGGUAGUUGUCAAAAUGCGAUUAUUGAUGCGCCCUGGUGUGUGCCACGGGAAACUCCAAGUUCAAUGACGCCGGAUUGGGGUUAACGCUGGCUGUUGCUGUGCGGAAGACUGUCUGCGGCGAUCUAAAGAUUCGAGAGUCAAAGAUUACAUGUAAUCAUGUAAUAUAUAAUACAGUUUCUAGCGUUGAGGGUCGAUGAAUACCGUAAUAAAAAACAGCACCUCUAUUACGACUAACCGGAUACGGGAACACAAAGAGAGGAUCGAGAACCAGGUUGAAAACGAGGAUGGG